UAUGUGUAUAAAACAAUUUGUUAAGAAAUAACAUCGGAAAACAAUGGACAAAUAGUUGUCAAUCAAACACGGAUAGUUUCAGAUUAAAAUAAUUCGAUGGCAUCAUAAUGUUUUAAGACUUCGUAAAAUCAUUUCUCAAAAUCGACUUACUUAAUAUUAAUCAAACUUAAUUAAAUAACAUGUAAGUUAAGUGUCAAACAUGCGGAAUGCGUGCCGCUUUUACCCACACCUGUUAUAAGCCGGUCUGACUCAGCGCUGUGUUUCAUGCACACCUGAAAAAGAACGGACUAUUUCCCUGGAUGUUUAACAAGGACAUUGUAUUGGCGACUAGAAUAGCUUGACCAUUAUGGAUGCGAUUUCGUCCAGCCGGUCAUUCGCCCUGGCAUAAUUAUGGUCAAUCCUUCACGUAAUGUUAUUAUUGGGUAACUUUCAAUAAGUACUCCACAAUAAAUUGAUGAAAACCAGAGGUUCAAAGACCUAGUUGUUAUUUAUUGUUUAAAUCGGUUAUAUCUUUACCAAUAUGUAUAUAAAUAUUGUAUAUUUUACCGGUCGUGUAUCAGUUAACUUAAUAGUCUAAUACAGUACACAUAUCGAGGCUGAACUGAAAUAAAAAAAAUAACUAUCAAUUUAAAAAAAGGAAAAUUAUUGGAUUUUACUUUGUAAGGAAAUAAAAAAUGGACAGUAAUCUUGGAAGUUACGAUCUUGACCCUAGUGUGAAAUUAGCCUACGAGGCUUCGAAAAACAGUCAGUCUAUAAUGCCGAUACUAAAAGAGGAAUUGAAACUGACCAUUCUUAAUAGAAGAUGUAAAGAAGGAAAGGGGGAGAUAAAUUUUGACGAGAAGAAACCAGUUAUAAAAAGGGAGCUGACAGAGGACGAAGUGAAGAAAAAGUUGAGAAGGAAGGAACAGAACCGUCGAGCGGCCGAGAGAUGUAGAGUAAAGAAAAAAUACCUGAACGAGCAACUUGCCAUUGAUUACAUCAAUGAGCAGAAGAAAACAAAUAUCCUGUCGGCUGAAAUUGAACAACUGAGAAAGGAAAAAGAGAGACUACAAAGAGUUCUGCGAGACCAUGCAUUCACGUGCGCACGUGCCGUCACACCUUCACCCUCAUAUGAGGAUACUACCACUUUCUUUAGUAAUGGUCCAUACACGUGCCCCACUCCUGGUAUACCAAACGAAAAUCCUUACCCUCAAAGAGAUACCGCUACACCCAUGGAAGACCCAUUUGAUGAAUACGCACCUGCCAUCCAAGACCAAGACUUUCUCAUGUAUCCUGGUCUGCCCGAUAUGCUGUUACCUCAAAACAUUAAAACAUUUCCCACGUGCACCGCUCCCGCAGAGGAAUUACCGGAAAUACAACUUCCAGACGACUUCCCAGAUUUUCAGCCAAUUUCACCGGAUGUAGCCUUAGGACGACAGUCGAUAUCUGAAUUCUGUUUUGAUGAGGAGAGUUUAAAAAUUCUAUGACAUUUAAAUCAUAGAAAGAAAAGUUUCAUGUACAUGUUGACAUAGACUCCAUAUCAUAUACUGAUCAAACUUUUACAAGGAAGAUAAAGGACCUUGAUAAUUUGCCAAAAGAACGAAGAUAGACGUUCGGAAUAUAGUGAAUAUUUAAUGUUAUGGACCUAAGUGUAAGUUAUACAUGAGUGUUAAACUUUAGGACAUGUUUUGUGCUAAAUCCCCGCUUGUUCUAUGAUAUAAAUGGAGGGAAAGACUGUACAGAAAAGGUACAGUUUGCUGCUUUUUGUUACUCAGUUAAUACUGUAUUUGUAAAAAUGGCGGCUUAGUUAAUCAAGGAAAUUAAUAGUUUCGCAAUUUUAAAUAAACAGACUUUGGAACAAUGUUCAAAAUUGUGUAAACAAGUGAUUAUUUAGUUUUGGUGCAGAAACAUUAGCAAAUGAUAAUUUAAGCAACAUUUUAUAUCAGAAAUGAAAAACAACAUGUAUUUUAUAUCUAGAUAUCAAUUCUAAGCAUGGUUUCCGUCCAAUCAGCAGCAUUCGAUGACAGACUUUUAGUUUUGAAGUGUGUGGGGUUUUUCAUAAAAGCAAAAAACAAGCGUUGUGAAAAGAUGUAUUACAUACAUGUACAUUAGCCGGUGACUAUAAUUUCAACCAUGUACAAUCUUUUAUGCAAUUUUUCUUCUUUUUUUUAAAAAAAAAAAGAGAUUAAACGUAGAAAAAAUUGGCUGAACUUAAAAUGUAGACUAUUGAACGCUGAUGGGUAAUAACCGAAGGAAACCGAAUUAUAAAACAUGUAUUUUCUAGAAGCAGACGUCACUCCUAACCUUCAGUAUUUGUGGUGUUCGUCCUCUUGUGUUUUGUGGGGACAAUCAGUUUUCGAUGAAUGAUCUCAAUAAUGAUUCAUCAGUGCUUGAUAGAAUAGUUCAGCAUCACGUGAUUAUAACCUGCAGUUUAAGAGGAAACUUAAGAAAACUAAUAUAUUUGGGGGAUUUUUUUUUAUUAGUAUUUAAACAAAAUUAGUGUCCUCUUCCCUAGAGGUAUAGAGAUAUACAUGUACAUAUGAGCCGCGUCACGACAAAACCAACAUAAUGGGUUUGCGACCAGCAUGGAUCCUGAUCAGACUGCGCGGAUGCGCAGGUUGGUCUGGAUCCAUGCUGGUCGCAAACCCAUUAUGUUGGUUUUGUCAUGAUGCGGCUCAUAUUGUAAUGUGCCUUUUGUGAUUCUUUUGCAAUUUUUUUUAUUUCAUAUUUUUUAAGUUAUGGAAAAAACACUAAAUGCUUGGGACUUAAACAAAAUCACGUACACUAUUUUAUGGUUUUAUAAUGCAGGUGUUAAUUACUUGAUGUUCGAAUGACUUCAAUUAGUUCUUUUUAUAUCAUUUUUUGUUUUUGUUUUAUGUAUAAUCAUCUUGUUUGUAACCAAGUUAUCAUGUUAUCAUAUUAUUGUAUUGUUUAUUUGUAAUUGUUCAAUUCAAUCAUGGCGACAUAUCCUUCCCUGAUUCAUUUGGCUUUAGAUCAAACAUACGGGGCGUGUGCAAAAAUCGUUACGGUUUUACACCGACAUUCGACGAAAAAAAAAGCGUUAACAUGCUCAUUUUUGUACAGAUGAAAAAAACCCGCGGUCUUGUCUAUGAGACGGAUUAACAUGAACAUUAAUCGAAAGACUUUAAAAAAGAGUAAAUACAUGUUUUCUUCAGGUUUUUCAUCAUUACUGGUAAAAUUUCCUGGUUCUAGUUUAUACCAAAAUCAUUGCGUAAUUUCUUAUCUUUACUCUUUUUUUUCAAGUAGGACGGAAAUUUUCGCGCCCCCUUUACGGUGACAUAUCAGUGACUUGCGUUUGUCACUUAAAUUAUUACGCACUUCUUAAACCUGAAAGGUUGUCGGUAAAAUUGAUAAUUAGGUCUGUAUUUGGUUGAUUUUAAACUACGUCGUACAUAUUGUAAUCAUUAUCUCGGCGUUCUGCCAUUGGUCCGCAUUUGAAUGACACAAAUUUGAGAUAAAGAACUUCAAUAUUAAACCAUUUUGAAUUUAAUAACCAAUAGAAAAAAUCGACGUAGUAAAUACGCCCUCUUGUUUUUUUUUGUGUUUAUUUUUUUUCACGAGCCCGCUGGUUUCCCAAUAUUAAACGUUAUGUGAUAAAAUGAUAUAUAUAUAGGGAAAGAUAACCUGAAAUUACGUGUUAGAUUUAUAUUGUAUAUUUAAACAGAAGUUAAAAAAACAGAACAUUGUCUGUGGUUUAUUGUGCAAUGUCCAUUAUCCGAAAAUAAAAAAAGAACAUUACAAUUUUUCACCCAAACAAAACAGUUAGUUAUAAAAUUGUUUAGAGAUAAAUAACCAACAUUAAUUGUUUAAGUUAAAAUAAUUAACUUCUACUUUUAACAAAUGUAUUGCACUUUGAUUUGAUAUGGGGAGAGCAGUUCUGCAAAUUAAGUUUCACAUGUGUAGAUCCGUCAAAAAAGGACUGUAGUGGUUUUAGCAGAUCGAAAAUAGAUGUUAUGGUAUUUAGAUUCUGUUAUUUACCUAUAAAAAUUAAGGUGGUUUACCAUGAACUUAGUUCUGGAAGCACUGUCUAUAUGCUCAAAGAGAAACACCGUGGAUCUUAUCCAUAAUUUAGUGCACAAUAAUGGUACCUUCUUUCCUUUUAUAUCAUUCUCAAUAGAUUCAACACUCAAGACUAUCUGUCAGUAUUUUAGGUUAGUUUAUUUUUUUACAAUUAAACAUCUGCUACUUUGUGUCAAAAAGCAGAAAAAAUCAAUCUAUUGUGUUCAAUGGGAUAGAAGUAUGUUAGAAUCAUCAUAAAAUAUCACCAUUAUUGUUUAUUAGUAUAAGUGUACUUAUAUAUUUUCUUUGUUAGAGAAAUUUCGGGUAAACAUAACGGCAUCAUCCGUAAACCACGGCCGCUCCCUCGCGUGUACUUUUAAAAAAGUUAUCUUUUUAUUCUAAUGCAUGCACAUGCUCAAAACUCUUAGCGAAAGUACAAGUGUUUAUAACAAAAAUGUUGGAUAAUGAAUUUUACAUUGUAUAAGGAGAAAAAUUAUAUCAAUAGAAUAAAGGUAUUUUUUUUAUAUAUUUCUUUUUGCCUUUUAUGUGUUUGUCUCCAGGAAUAAAUACUUCUUUUUUUUCAGACCUAUUUUAUCUUUUAGUUUUAUUUAAAUUUUGAAACUAUUUUGAAAAUUAUGUACAUGAAUUAUGAAACAUAAAUGGAAUAUUGUUCUCAUCAAAGUAACUCCAUUUUUUUAAAGUUUUUUUUUUAAUUAUUAUUUACUUUUUUGUUUUAUUAAACACAAACAAUCGUUGAGGGGUUGUUCUAUUAUUUGGUUAUUUAUGGUAAUUUUAAUCAAUACAUUUGUACUUACAUCUUAUAAAGAAUGACUAAUUUUGAUUACUUUAUUGUGCCUGAAACAUUUUAGAGUAAUUUUAUGGGCAUUACUUAAGAUGCUUGUAAAAAAAUACGCUUUAAAAUUUCAAUUUUAAAUUUGUUAAUUUCAUCGUAUCAUUUUUUUUCAUUUACCGACGAAAUUCGAAUCUCAAUCUAGAUAAAAGUCUUUCCCAACCAAUAACAUGACGAUAUAAUACAAUUCAUGUAUAAUUUUGAUAAACAAGACUGCUAAAAUAAAUCUGAUACAAAAACUAUCUUACAUCUUAUAUUUUGAAAAAGAGGAUUUUAUUCGUCUUACACAUAUAUAUGUUUAUUGAGUAGUAAUUGUUGUUGUUUGGGAAAGAUUUUGUUUUGACGCUCAUUAAAUUUUAAUCUUAACUGAUACUAUAUUUUUGUUGUUAAGAUGAAAGAAAACUUAUGAUAAUAGCCAAGUGAACAGAAUAGUUUUUUUUCUACGUGUAUAAAUACACUAAAAAAUCCUGACAUCUCUUCACCAAGAGAACUAUUUUUGUUGUUUAAUUUUACUUGUUAUUUUUUAUGAAUAUUGUUCACACUCAACAUUUUUAUAAGUUUUCCUUUGUCUUAUUUUUGGUUUAUUUUUGUCUCAUUGUACAGUUAUGUUUGGGAUUACUGCAUUUGGAUAUAUGUUCGAAUGAAAAUUACAAUAAACAUAAAUAAAUCUA